AUGGGAGCACCUCGAAAUCAAGUGCCAAAUAUUCGUGGACGUUUGCCUAAUGAUAGACGAACACAUGGAUUGCUUUGUUAUCAAUAUGGCACUAAUAUAUUUGCUUCUCAACAAGGAAUGUUGGGUGCACCGGGGCUUGGUGCAUUCAGACAAGCAACACAGGAUAUUGAUGGGCUUGGAUUUACAGAAGAGAAUAUUCGUGCUAGUUCAGAAUUUACUCCUUGGUAUUCUGGCCAAAAUAAAUUUGCUUCACAAAAGGGAACUGGAGGAUUUUUAAAAGUGCGUGAUGUUCUUCCCCACACAACUGGUGGAAAAGAAAUUCCGGAAGACUCGCGAUUAAAAUCUGAAGGGAUUGUGCCUCUUCAAUCUGGCACAAAUAAAUUAGCGUCACAAAAGGGAAUGACAGGCUUUGGAACGCCUCGUAAUACAAUGACUAGAAUGGGUUGGAAAAAAGAAUGGGUAGAGGAGUACGAGGCUGCAAUGCGCGAGUGGGAAGAAAAUCGCCCACCCGGUUCGGCAUCAGCUGGAUCAGACACGUAA